CGCACACUGAUGACGUCACUCAAAAGCGCGGGUAAUUUCGAGCGGGCAGCUGGGCGCGCACUGCCGGUUCCCUCCGCUGCGGGACCGGGACCAUGGACCCCCUGGCAGAGCCUCGGUGGCCCCCGGGCCUGGCCGUCAUGAAGACAGUAGAUGACCUGCUGCGGUGUGGGAUCUGCUUCGACUAUUUCAACAUCGCCAUGAUGAUCCCGCAGUGCUCACAUAACUACUGCUCUCUCUGUAUAAGAAAAUUCCUGUCCUAUAAAACACAGUGUCCGACAUGUUGUGUGACAGUCACCGAGCCGGACCUGAAAAACAACCGCAUUCUAGACGAGCUGGUAAAGAGCGUGAGCUGUGCACGGAACCAUCUGCUGCAGUGCGCCUUCGAGUCACCGCCCACAUCUCCCUCCGCCUCCUCUUCAAAGAGCCUUGCGGCCAAAGUGCACAUGUCUGUGGCCUCCAGACACCCUUCCAAGCCAGGAAACAGGUCAAUGGAGAGUUUCCUGAUCAGGGAGACUGGAGACUCGACGUCAGAGUCAUUGGGGAAAGAGAAAGAAAAUCCAUUUGGCUCCCAGAAAGAGACGAGCACCCCUGCCAAGGUCAGAGCUACUGCUUCUGUGGAGACGGCAGCUCCAGGCUCCUCAGACGCCCCUGGGCCCGAGACACCCUCCACGUCGACCUUGAAACAGGUGACCAAAGUGGACUGCCCGGUGUGCGGCGUCGGCGUUCUCGAGCACCACAUCAACAAGCACCUGGACAGCUGCCUGACGCGGGAGGAGAAGAGGGGCAGCCUGCGCAGUUCUGACAAAAGGAAGCCGCUGCCAAAAACCGUCUAUAACUUGCUCUCUGACCGCGAUUUAAAGAAAAAGCUGAAGCAGCUUGGAUUAUCCGUUCAAGGGAGUAAGCAGCAGCUGGUUAAGAGGCACCAGGAGUACGUCCACAUGUACAAUGCCCAGUGCGACGCUCUGCAUCCCAAAUCAGCCGCUGAAAUAGUUCAAGAGAUUGAAGCUAUGGAGAAGACCAGGAUGCGUCUGGAAGCUAGUACACUCAGCGACAGUAUCAUGGUUUUUACGAAGAACCAAACAGAAAAGGAAAUCGACGAGAUUCACAGUAAAUACCGUAAAAAACAUCACAAGGAGUUCCAGCUGCUUGUGGCUCAGGCUAAGAAAGGAUACAAGAAAGCGGCGGCGGUCUCGAAGGGGGAUGCAGCGAAGAAAGAAGAUGCGCCCACAGAGAAGCAGUCGGCCAUGUGCGCAGGACAGGAAGACAGUGAAAUGAAAUUCUCAGAUACGUCUUUGGUGAUCUCAGUCCACUGCCCUCCGCUAGAGCCGCUGUCCCCCAGGAGGCCGGGGCCCGAGGAAGCCGAGGACUCUUCCAGCUGCACAGACAUCCCAGAGCAGAUGCCUCCCUCCCCAGAAUCAGACUCCUGCAACAGUUCCAGCUCAGACAUCAUAAGAGACCUUCUAGAAGAGGAGGAGGCCUGGGAAGCAGCGCACAAAAACAAUCUGCAUGAUGCGGACAGCAGCCCAAGACAGACUCGCCGCACGAGGUCAGCCAGAAGCCCAGAGCUUGAGCCGAGGAAUAAGCGCUACAGGAACUAGCACCUCUGUCACCACCCGAAUGUCAUAUUUAUCCUGGUCCAGCUAAAGAUGCCAAGUAAAUAGUGUGUCUAACCCGAUUCCCUUCUGGGGAGAGAAAACAAGCUGCAAAACAUGUCGCCUUGGUCACUGCCUCCAGUCUCUGCGGUUCUCCGGAGUCGUCCUGUCCUGCCCUGUCCUGUUCCAUCCCCCAGCCCAGCAGCUCUGCAGAGGAGACACAUUUCUGGCCAGGGAGCUUCUGUCUCUGUCUCUGUCUCUGAGAUUCAGCUUGUUCUGAAGCCACUAAGCUCUCCCUUGCAGGAACCAAUGUAGAGAGAAAGACCUUGAAACUUUGGGUGAUGGCACUUAAACUCCUUACUCUG